AUGAAGAGUUUAUUAUUGCUGGUUUUAAUUUCAAUAUUAACAGUAAUAAAUGGCGUUUAUAAUCCAAUACCGAUUGGAUCGGUUGUCAUUUCAACUACACGUAACAUAUUUAUUAUGAUACCAACGGAAUAUGGUGGUAAUGAUAAAUUAAGUAAUAUAUUUACAGCAUCGGCAAACAUGUCUAUUAUAAAUACUAUAUUUAAUCCAACACUGCGUGAUCUUUAUAUUCUUUUUACCAAUGUAACGAAUGGUACUGCUUAUAUAGGUCGAUUGAUGUCCCGCGAACAGCUUGAUUCGACUAUCUAUCAGCUUUCAAUUUCAUUUGAUCUUUCAACUAUAAAUAAUCUGACUUCGUUUUCGUCGGAUUAUGUUAAUAGACGCGGUUUUCUUACGGAUCAAACCGGAAGUACAAAAUUAUUUUCUAUGAGUGGCCUCAUGGACAUUUUAAUACAGAUACCACCAAAUAUUUCACUUCCGAUACGUUCGGUAAAUUAUGCUACUGCUGUAAAUCGACUAUUUAUUGUAACUGAUACAACUGUCUAUUCGUGUGCAAAUUUAGAUCAAAAUCGGCUUCAAUGUUGUCAAGCAUCGUCACAAGCAAAUCAACCACGUGCAAUAGCAUUCGAUCAAGUGACAGGUGCUUUUAACGUUUAUAUUAGUGAUUUAAACAAAGGAGUGCAUCAAGUUAUUCUUGAUAAUAAUGGAUGCCCAAUAGCUGUUAAUUUAAUAAAUGAACUUGGAACUUACAGUUAUCUUCAGUUGGCUGUUGACCGGGAUUUAUAUUUUAUAGCUGCAAGUCAACAGCAUCAAAAUGAUAAUUCUCUUUUACUUGUUGCUAAUGAAACAGCCCCAUCAAGACCGAUUAGCGUUGGGUUUCCGAUUGUUGCACUACAUGUUUCUUAUCCAAGUAUGGCGUCAAGAUCGAGUGGCGUAGAAACUUGUUUUCAUGGUAUAACCUACGCGAAUUAUCGUAUUGCUGUUAUACUUGCAGCUAUAUUCGGCACAAUAAUGGGCAUUUUUAUCUGUUUUAAUGCUUUGUUCUGUGUUGACUUCUUCAUGACCAAGAGUAUUAUACGUACUUUGAAAAAACAAAUACCACAUAAUUUAUUGGAAGAUCGAUGGAAUAAAUUGGUCGAAGAAAAAUAUGCUAAAAUAGCUCUUGAAAAACACCGAGACGCCUCAAAUCCAGCACCAAUACGUAAAUCAUCGGUAUUUGAUCAAAAAUCGCCAGCGAUUAUUCCUGCUAGUAGCGGUGUAACUAGUCAAGUAAGGGAACGAAGUACUACUGGUGAUGGCGCUAAUUUGCUUGAUGGUACAAAGUCAACACUAUCUGCAUAUUUGAGACGUAAAAGUGACACUUAUUUCAAUCGCCGUCGAAGUGACGAUUAUCAACGUCAACAGGAUCCAUCACGAUUCGAGUUCAGUGCAUCACAGCACCAUCCUCAACGAUCUCAAAUAACAUCUAAUCAAAAUUACAUUGAACCGGUCAUCGAAGAAACGUUCACUCAACACGGACUUCCAAAAAAUCUCAGUGGUGUAGAAUUAAUAAAAUACGAUGAAGAUUUUCUAUAA